CCUGGUUGUUCCUCUCUCGUUACUUCCUGUGUGUCUGUCUGACCGGCCUGUCCUCGUCGGGCUGGUUAUAGUUCAACUUUAACCUGGAGGUUAACCAGCUGUCACUAACUAGUCGUGUCAGUUCGGUCGCCGCUAACCGGAGCUGCUGUCAUUCACCAGCUCCACCUCCUGAAAUGUUCAAACAUCCCAUGAAAUCGUUCAAGCCUGGAUUUUAAUGCACCGACGAAACUCCUCCCUCUGAGAACGAGACCAAGACAUGUUUGCGUCCUGCUGCCAGUGGCUCUGUUUGGACUCGGACGUCUCUCAGUCGGACCCGGAGGACAGACGUCCUCAGUCUUACACCAACUCGGCCUUCAGCAGCCAGCCGUCGCCCCCGGAACCCACCUGCAAGGCCUGCGGGGGGCGCUUCGACACACGCGCCAGGAAGCACCUGUGUGUGGACUGUAAGAAGAACUACUGCGGCCAAUGCUCCGCCCACCAAGAACCCCGGCCCCGCCUCUGCCACACCUGCCAGCGUUUCUAUGGCAACCUGCUGGAGAGGGCGGAGCUUAUGAAGCUGAAGGUGAAGGAGCUGCGAGACUACCUCCACCUGCACGAGAUCUCCACGCACCUGUGCAGAGAGAAGGAGGAGCUGGUGGAGCUCAUCCUCAGUCAGCAGUCCUCUCCAUCCAGUAGCUCCGCCCCCGAGAUGUCCUCCAUGUCGUCUCCCGACUACACCCCCUCCUUCCCCGACGCCCCCCCCACCUUCACCCCCCCCACAGAGCAGCCCGAAGCCCCGCCCACACAGCCACCCGAAGCUCCGCCCACAGAGCCCGAGGAGCAGGACCCGGACGAGGACCAGGACGGGGACCAGGAGGAGGAGGAGGACCAGAUGUGGGACGGCGAGGAGGCGGCGCCGAGCGGCCGCCGGGCGUCCCUGUCCGACCUGAGCUGCGAGGACGACAUCGAGGCGCUGAGCGUCCGGCAGCUGAAGGAGAUCCUGGCCCGGAACUUCGUGGACUACAAGGGCUGCUGCGAGAAGUGGGAGCUGAUGGAGCGAGUGACCCGGCUGUACCGGGACCAGCAGAACCUGCAGAACCUGCACAACCAGCACACCCAGCAGAACGGACCGCCGUCCGCGACGUCUCCGGAGGACAACCUGUGUAAGAUCUGCAUGGACUGUCCCAUCGACUGCGUCCUCCUGGAGUGUGGUCACAUGAUCACCUGCACCAAGUGCGGCAAGAGGAUGAACGAGUGUCCCAUCUGCCGUCAGUACGUCAUCAGAGCGGUCCACGUCUUCAGGUCCUGAUGCUGCAGCAGAAACUUAUUCUGCAGAAAUCCGUCGGACGGUUUGGGUCUCAGCCGACUGAUCUCAGCCGGAGCCAGCGUUUCCACGGCAACAAGUCCUCCUGAACAGACCCCUCUGCAGAGGUCCACCAGGUGGCACUGCGUCUUCCAUGAGACAUAAACUCUCCCCUCAAACGCACCGCGAUGCCUUCAAAGCCCCCCAAGUCGGUUCCAACCUGCACCGAGUCCCCGUUUCCAUGGCAGCAGGAGGCGUCCCAACCCCAGGACCUGGAGGACGCUUUCCUGCCUGAUUCAGAGCUCUUCAUCACCACUCUCACUGUCCAGGUUUAAAACCAGCUUCAGUUCAUUCCAGAGCUCAGUGCCUGAAUCCAGAUCCAUCAUCCAUCCAAGACUCCACUAAUUCCAGAGCGAGAAGCCAGAAGACAAAGUCCACCCUGCUGACCUCUGCUGACCUCCAGGUCAUCCUUUGUGCAGUGCGAACAUUCUUUCCCACAAUUCAUUGUUUGAUUCCAGUUUGAGUGUUGAAACCCUCCAGCUCUGUGUGUGUGUGUGUGUGUGUGUGUGUGUGUGUGUGUGUGUGUGUGUGUGUGUGUGUGUGUGUGCGUGUGCGUGUGCGUGUGCGUGUGCGUGUGCGUGUGCGUGUGCGUGUGCGCGUGCGCGUGCGCGCGUUUUGAUUGUGGCUCCUCAUUUUUCCUUGUUUGUCCUUAACUCACUGUUGAAAUUUUUGUUUUGGUGAAAUUAUUGUUUGAUUUUGGUGAACAUUAAGGGAGGGGAUUCCUCUUCCAGUCGGGAGGCUCUGGUGGUUUCCUCUUCCUGUGGUGGGACGGGGGGGAUUGACCGAGGAACAAACUUAACAGAUGAAGCGUUGAAGCUCAUCUGUUUCAGCUGCUUUUGGUUGACUUUCUUCUUUCUAACACUUUGAAGUUUUACUGGAAUCUGUUCUAUAAAAUAGUUUUUU